AUGGCCAUCAUCGGUGCUGGUUUAGAUGAACAAUCAUUCAGCAGUGACGAGAGUUACAACCACCUAUUUCUAGAGUCAGAGGGCCCCACGGUCAAAGGCUUGUACUUCCAGCGUGGUAGGAUUCUCCGAGGACCAAAGGCCUUUCGUCCGAUCCUCGAUCCCUACAGACAAGCCCUCAUCAAUGUGGGGGGUGUCAGGUACACCUUCCUCUGGAGCACCCUGGAGGAAUUCCCCAAGAGCCGUCUGAGUCGUCUGCACUCCUGCACCACCCUGAAGGAGGUAGCAGAGUUUUGCGAUGACUACGACUCAAUGCGUCAUGAGUUCUUUUUUGACCGUGACCCUUUCGCCUUUCGAACUAUCUUCUGCUUCCUGGCGAAUGGGAAGCUGAGGGUACUGCAGGAUGUCUGCAGCGUAGCGCUGCACACCGAGCUGCUGUACUGGGGUAUAGAUUUAAACCAGAUGAUGCCCUGCUGCCGCCAUCGUGUGGUGAACUAUGUGGAAAAUGUGGCCCAGCAACAGCGCAAGGAGAAUGAGUGGCGGGAGAGAAGGAAGGCCAUGAGGGCAUGCGUGGUAAAAAGAAGCCUGUUCUACAAGCUGGGGGAAGUCGUGGAUAACCCUGAUUCGGGUUUAGCAGGGAAAGUGUUUGCCUGCCUGUCUGUUAUCAUGGUAGUGGUCACUGUGCUCAGCCUGUGCAUCAGCACCAUGUUAGAUGACCAGCAGGAAGGAAACAGGGGUGAAUGCUUGCAGCAGUGCCGCAACAUGUUUUUGGUAGAGACAGUUUGUGUGAUGUGGUUCACCUUAGAGUUGUUGGUGCGAUUUUUCCACACACAAAGCAAGCUGGAGUUCAUUCGAGGUCCUUUCAACAUCACUGAUGCGGCCGCCAUCUUGCCCUACUAUAUCUCGCUGUUUCUGGAGCUCAGGGACGAGACAGUGCACGAUAUUGUUGCAGAAGGAGGGAAGAGCACCUUGGAUAAGCUGGGUCUGAUCCUGCGGGUUCUCAGGGCGCUGCGUGUCCUGUAUGUGAUGAGGCUGGUCCGUCACUCUACGGGCCUGCAGACUCUGGGUUUGACCAUUCAGCGGAGCUUCACUGACUUUGGCCUGCUGCUGCUCUUUGUGAGCGUCUCCGUGGCUCUCUUCUCUCCCCUCGUCCACCUUGCAGAGAGUGAGGUGGCACCGAAUGCUGCCAAGUUACCCCACCUCAGCUUCAGCAGCAUCCCGGCGUCGUACUGGUGGACCAUCAUCUCGGUGACCACUGUGGGGUAUGGGGACAUGGUGCCACUCAGCACCCCAGGACAACUGAUAGCGUUAGUCGUCAUCUUGUCAGGGAUCCUCAUCCUGUCUUUCCCUUCCACAUCAAUCUUCCACACCUUUAACCGCACUUACACUGAGCUGAGGGAGGAGCGCAAAAGGCAGCACAAGGAGAAGAUGGAUGCCGAGCUGGUCACUGAGAUGGAAGAAAGCCUGAAGGAACGGGACACAUGGCCUGAUAACUAUUCAGAGACUGACCUUUUACCUGGUCUAGAGGAUCCUCAUUACCUCUUCAUGGCAGACAUUAAAGUGUUGGCUAAGAGCACAAGUCGCCAACCUCUUAUUUCUGUAGAUCAGAACCUUAAGUAA